GACGUAAAAAUAAAAUAAGUGUAAAACCACGAAAAGUAAGACCGCGUGUUUUAGUUAUCACAUCCUCAGAAGUGGGAUCGAAGAUUUUUUGACGCUCACGAUGGCCAUGCGGAUGAACAAGGAGGAGCUCCUUGAGUGGCUGCAGGAGCAUGAAGUCGAUAUUCCAGCAACGGCGACCAUUCGGCACCUACGUGUUUUGUACGACAGCCAUCCGGCUAAUCAGGUCGCAAAUGAUCCGGAGGAAAAGGACGAGGAACAAGAAGAAGGUCCAUCUGGAUCGGAUGGUGACGAGGAGGAGGCAUUAGAUGAGGAGAUUCGGAUUCUAAAGAAGAAGAAGCAAAUUGCAGAUUUGCGUCGAGAACUAGCUCGCAACGAGCCGUUUGUUCGACCACCGGAGUUCCAGGAUGUAAUGUGCCUUGUGCCAUUGUUUACCGGUAGUGAUUCGUAUGUUCCCGAGAGAUGGUUGGACGACUUUGAAAGAGCAUGCGAUUCAGUGGGAGGAGAUGCUACUUUCCGGCUGAAGUGUAUUCGCAGCUAAUGGGACCGGGUACAGAAGCCGAAUGGUUUCUGCGUGUGGACCGUUCUAUCACGUACGCUCAAUUUCGUAACAGUUUUCUUCUAAACUUCGGCCACACAUUCACGGUGACAGAAAUCAUCGACCGGCUCAGGAAAACCACUUUCUCCAGUUGCAAGACAUCGGUGAUGGGCUACAUCCUAAAGAUGCAGGAGAUUGCUUCGCGUGCUGCAAUUGACGAAGCUCAAACAGUGCAAAUGAUCGUCGAUGGAUUCCGUGAUCGAUCUGCUGAUAUUUCCGUACUUUACCCAGCCAAGGAUUUGAUGGAACUAAAACAACUAGCACGACGGUAUACGCAGCUUCGCGAAAUACGUACCAGUGCGACUCGUGCAACGUCAUCCUCUUCAAAUUCCGGAAGUAUCAAACCGCAGAUUAAGAAAGUUUCCGAUUCCGAAUUACGUUGCUACAACUGUUCCGGCAAAGGACACAUUUCCGCUCGUUGUACGGAGCCUCGCCGGGAGCCAGGCUCAUGUUUCCGUUGUGGUUCCGGCGAACAUGUCAUCAGGAACUGCCCUAAACCAGCGCCACGCAACAAGGACGAGGUGGCAUUGGUAGAUGAUUUCCGCCGGGGCAAAUCAGCAGACCAUAACAAGGAGCAACUGAGUGCUGCUCUCUCCGAAUUGAACUUGUCCGAUCAAUCUGGUUAAACGUUCCGCAGUGCCCAUUGAGCUAAUUCCAGUCGAUGAAAAGUUCUCAGGAUUCCGUAGUAUUGGGAAUUUUCCGUUAUGUACGUAUGCUGUCAUUCCGGCUUAUGUUACGUAUGGGUCUCAUUCUGAGCAGUUAAAGUUCUAUGUUGUUCCUGAUCAUUUUAUGAUCCAUCCCAUUUUACUGGGACGGGCAUUUUUAAAAGCCUUUGGCAUUAUCUUGUUUAA